AACCCGUCACCCGACUGUCAAACGUGUCCCAAGUCUUCUCAAUCGUCCCUUUCUGUGGCCGAAGAAGUCGACUCUUUGGCCGCGAAAUGAAGUGUUCUCCGCUCGCAUUGUUUCCUCCGACGAGUCCGUGUCGGCCAUGAAGUUGUUGGUCAUUCGAGUGGCGCUUUUGGCGCUACAGUUGUCCACCGCAGUGGUCGCGGCCGCAAUUGUCGUCUGGCGUCACACAACUGCUCUUCAUGUAUUGUCCGCCCCUUCGGCCGAUCGUUUGGCUGAACAGUUGCGCGGAAUGGAUGGCGAGUCAGUUGCAGUGGUAGCCAUGUGUGCGGCAGUGGUGGUGGUGUCGUUGGUGGGAGCCGUGGGUGCGGCCCGCUCUCCGUCGGGUGCGUGUCAGCUGCACUUUUACGUGACGACAGAAAUUAUCUUUUUGUUUGUCACAUGUGUUGCCCUUUGUGGUACUAUUUGGGAACUGGUUUCCGGCGCCACUUCUCCCGCAUCGGCGAUCACGGAAGAGACGGCCGUUCCGUGGCAACAGUCGGCCAAAUCGCUUGGUCUGAGUCUAGUGGCGGCCGCAGUGUUUGCGCUCUCUAUUCGACUUUCGCGCCGUAUUCUCGAUGACGCGGAAAACUUGGUCGACGACGAUGACAGCGGCCGACACUUUGACAUUGACACCGCCAAUGACGACAAAGAUUCGGGUUUUACGCGCGUUUAACACGCGUUUUGAUUCAUGCGUUUUCACGUCUCGGACGACGAAAAUUCCAAAGAUUUUUCCGAUCAAUAAAAAUAAUUCUUUUUUAUUCACAAACUCUUUGUCUCAGUUUUUCUAUGAAUUUUCGUCCAAUUUUUACA